AUGUUAAAAGAGAAACUGCAAGAGAUAAAGGAUUCAAAUACAAAUUUAUAUUAACAUUUGAAUAAUGUAUUGACUAAGAUAUUAUUGGAUAAUCCAAAAAAUGCUUUUGAAUUAUUUGAAGAUUAUUCAUUUUAGGUAAAAUCAAGUGGAUUUUCAUUUGAUAAAUAUAAUGAAUUUGAUAAUGCAGAGAGAACAAAGAUUUCAAUGGAUUAAGCUAUUUAAUAGAAGACAUUAAAGCUAGUCAAUAAAAUUAAUCUUGGAACUGAUGAAGAACCUUAGGAAGCAACUUAAACUGGAUAUUUACCUAAUUUAACAGAAGAAGCUUAUUUAUAUGAAUGGGCUGGUAUUGGAAUUGAUGAAAAUUAUAAAAUAUUCAAGGCAUUAUCAUUAUUAUCUGUUACUAAAUAAGCAUCUAAAUUAAGAUUUUGGGGUAAAAUCAUGGCAAGAGAAAAGGAUUAUUAUAUUGCUGAAGGAGUUGCUAAUAGUCAAGUUGAAGAUGGGGAAUUACCACCUGAAGUUGAACCUAGAGGAUCUGGAGUUAAUACUAAAUCUUAUUGGGCAUGCACUGAUAUCUUAAAUGAUAAGGAUUGGGUUGAAUUACCUUUGAUUACACCUUAAUAAAUCAAUGUGUCUAGAUAAAUUAAAUAUAUGUUUACAGGUAAUUUAGAAGCUGAUGUUAUUACUAAUCCUUAUUUCUUUGGAAAAGAAAAACAUUUAUUAAAAGCAUAAAUUGUUAGAAUUACUUAAUCAACUGUUAUUAUUCCUAAAGGUUAAUAUAUUUUAAGAGAAGGUGAACCAAGAGAAAUAGAUUAAACACCUGAAUAUAAAUUACCAGGAUUUCAUGAAUUAAAAACAUUAAAUGAUUGGAUGCAUUUCAAUACAAAUAUAUUAAAUUGUGGUAGAUUAGUUCAUUUAAUACCAUCUGAAUUACCAGAUGGUGUAGAACCAGAUAUUUAUUAAAAAUAAAUAGAAGCAGCUGAUCCAUUUGAAAAUAGAUUGAAAUAAUUAUCAAAUGAUAAAUUACCAAAUAAUAAACCUGCUUGGAAAAUUAGAAUUGUUGGAGAUACAACUGAUUAUAAUCCUUUAGCUAAAGACACCAAUAAUAAAGUUAAUAAUGGUGUUAUUAUCAUUAAAUCUUUAGUUUGGCCAGGAUUAGUCACUGUCUAUUCUAACAAAGUAUUGUCAUAAUUAUAUUAUGGUUAUGGUUUCAAGGCAACAACCAAUCAUUUCUAUCCAAAAUAACCAUAAUAAGUAUAAACAGAACAACCAGAUCUUCCUGAAUAGCCAGAACCAAAUUUCCCAGCUGAAGUCCCUUAAUAACAAUAAGAUUGAUCAUUAUUAUUAUUAAAUUAUGGAAUAAGAGGAUACACUUU